CACGUGAGCCUCCGACCUCGCCCUCUCUUCAUUCCUUCACUUUCUGACAUUAUUUACCUUCCAUUUGGCAUGGGUUGGAUGUUUAUUCGGUAACUACUUUUAAAUCAGUGUACUAUUUCUAUACAAACACAAACAUGGCAACUGGAAGCUUUGUACUGGUCUGGCAAACAGGACAUCAUUCAUUGGAUCAGUCAGCCCUGAAAUGUGAAACUGCCUGUAUAUCAUGUGUGAUAACAAUGUUUACCGCUGAGCUGAAGAGCUUAUUACGGCUUGGAUAAAAUCAGGUCAAGAGGACAGCUUUGUAUAUACUUCUACCAUGCUAAAUAAGUGCCACUUGGAGCUGCCUGGGCAUUGUUGCUGCUAAGCGUUCGGAGAGACAGAAGUAUGACCCAAGAGAGGAACAAUGAGCUCCCAACCAUGGAGGACCCACUUGAUGUAGACAACUCCUCUGUGGUUGAACCUGUGUCCAACACUCCUUUCACGGAUAGAAGUUUGGAUGGUGACUCCGAAACAGAAGCAGUGGUCUCUACAGAUUAUAUUUUGCCCCCAGAAGCUUUCGAAAACACGGAGAAGACUGAAUGUGGGACGGCACUCAUAACUCAUAAGUACAUCCAGAAGUUCCGCACAGCUGUUCUUGUAGUUCAAGUUAUUCGCAACCUCAUAAAAAUUUAUAGAGACUACGCUGCCUCCAGGACGGAGCCCAUCUCCUUCAGCGAAUAUGUCGGCUUUGACUCGGAAACUGAAAACCUUCUAUUUGAUCGAUCUUUGUUCAAAGCGAAAAUGGAGAUGAUUCUCAGUUCUGAAGCCAAACAAAUCCUUUCAAGUCCACCAAAGAAGAGAACAAUAGAAGAAGCAAAGUUGGCAAUGCUCUCCCUGAGGACGACCGUGAGCUCCUUCGCUGCAUAUCCUGUUCAUGUCCAGGAGAACUUAGCCCUGGUUGGAUGGUAUGAAUGUUUUGGGCCCGGAAGAGUAAUCAUACGUCAGGGUCACGUCGCUCAGAACUUCUACCUGAUCCUCUCCGGCACUGCCGUUGUCACCAAAGUGUCACACAGUAAGAAGACGGGGGAGCUUUUCUCCAAGACGGUGGCCCUCCUGAAGAAAGGGAAGUACUUUGGGGAUGUUGCUAUAUUGACUAACACCAGGAGAAAUGCAACAGUGGUGUGCCAUGACACAGUCUCAUUGUUGGCCAUAUCUAGACAGGACUUUUUAAACAUAUUCCUGAACAGCGAUUCCCAGGAAGGUCCGGACCAUAUGCAACUGUUGCAGAGCAUUGAUUUGCUUAGUGGGUGGCCCAUUGAUAAACUUCCUUACAACAAUCCCAGAAUCUGUGUCCACACCUUCUACAGGCCAGGAACUGUUAUUACGAAAGACUCAAAGGCCUCUUCGAAAAUCUAUAUAAUCAAAAGCGGAUCAGUGCGCGUAUUGAAAGCUGUGCCAAUGCAAAAAACAUCGCCUUUUCUAAGUGCCAGUAGAAGUCAAAAUAGAAGCACCGCCAUUGAGGAAUCCAGGAUGAGCUCAUCAGUGCAGAACAGAGAUGGAUAUGAGGACCUGCCAUAUAAUUUUACUGAAGAGGAACAUCUCCUGCCUCUGUUACACAAAGAAAGAAAAUUGAAUGAGACAGCCAGAACCAGCGCACAGAUUAACAGGGGUGUAAUGGCCAAAAGAUUCCCUCUAUUAUCUAACACUCCGGAAGAUGAAAGAAUUCCACAAUUAUUUAUCCAUAUUCAAACUCUCAGGGCUGGAGAAGUUUUUGGCCUGGUGUACGCCAUUUAUGAAGACACCCUGGGCAUGGCUCUGGUUUCUGAUGGAGCCGAGUGCAUUGUAAUAUCCAAAGAGUUUUUCAAAAAACAGAUGGAUGACGCGUACCUCCAUAAAUUGUCCAGACACAUUCAGCCAUACCCUACCAAAGAAAUACUGCAGCAGAAAAUGCACGAUUACAUAAAAUGGCAAGAUUAUAAAUCGCAGCUCAUCAGAAAGCAUCACUGACUCUAUCAGCUGCCGAAAACAACCUACAGUGAUGGUUAAUCCUUUCAGAAUUUAAAAACGAGACACAUGAGAUUUUCAACCCUCUGUUUAACUUUACAUAGAAAGGCGUCAUUUAUAUUUGAUAACUUCUAUCCCAAACUCUCCUUCUCUUUCUGGAGCUAUCCCAGUAAGAU